UGUCCAAGCGGCUGAAUCCUCAUCUAGGAAUUGCAAACAAUUUCACCGGGUAGCGAAAGAAAAAGCAGCUACGGUUUACCAGUGCAUCUCGCAGACAAACGCCACUUAGAUUUGGAUCGCAAACAGAAAUCUUUUUAAAUGUUGCUGCGCUGCGUUAAUACUUCCCUGAGCAAAGGAGAUCACUGAGAACAUUGCAAUGCACUGGUGUCUAUAAGCGAAGAGGAGAUUAUCCCUGGGCACUGCUCGAUGGCUCUGUGGAUCCGUUGAGACUGUCUUGCGUGGUGGAUUUCCCCAAAGCCCAACAGAGAGUUUUUCUCCCCACCGCCUCCGCCCCCUUCACAAAAAAAUAAUAAUACUGAUGGUGCAGAAAUAGUUCACAGCUCUCUCACUCAACUGUGUGUGAUGUCUUGGCUGCAUUGAUUGAAGUGCUGUAAGUGGGCGCAGAGUGAGUGAGAGAGAGAGAGACCUGAGGUGCUAAGUAACUGUAGUGUGUGUCUGUCUUAUGCACAUGAAGCAGGGGCUGGAACCCUUCUCACUCUCACUCUCAUCUCCUGUCACUGAGGAGCUCUUCCGAGCGGCCGAGGCUUUUUAUCGAUAUCCACACUACAAAGCCUUAGCAGAGCGAGGAUCCCACAUCAGACCCACGCCUCCUUCCCUCUUUCAAGAGCAGUAACUUUUCCUCCCCAUCCCCUUUUUCUCCCUACCACCACAUCUCCCUACUGCACCCUCCCCAAUAUACACAGACUCCCUCACCUACCACCACUCCAAAAAAAAAUUGCUACUUUUUCGCCUCCUGCCUUUUAUUGGUCUGCAUGAAAACACCGAGAUUAAAGUCAAAACUCUGGAAAGUCCCAACCGGCAUCAGAAGCAGUCAGAGCCAUGCCGAGAAGAAAACAGCAGGCGCCGCGUCGGUCGGCAGCAUACGUCCCCGAAGAGGAACUGAAGGCAGCUGACUUGAGCAAGGACCUGCCCGAGGAUGAGCUGCCUGCGGCGGGGGAGCAGGACUGCAAGUUCCACUGCCCGAAGGAGGAAGAGGAGAGCAAAGAGGCGGCCAGCUGCCAGAACUCACCGGCCAGCAUGACGGCCAAUCCUGAGCCGGGCGGUAGGUCGCCCGUCAGCGAUGCCAGCGACCAGCUGGCGGACCUGCGGAGCGUCUCGUCCAAGGACGGGCAGGAGCGGGAAGAGGGGCUGGCCGAGGACAGGCCGCCGGCCUCGCGGGACAGCCUGGCGCAGAUGAAGGCGGCCUACUCCAACCUGCUGAGCAGCUCCUACUGGACCAGCCUGGGCCUGGACCUGAAGACGGCCAACCAGGCCAGCGGCAGCGGCAGCAGCAAUGGCAGCAGUCACAAUGGCAGUGGUGGUGGCGUAGGCUAUGACUGGCACCAGGCCGCGCUGGCCAAGACGCUCCAGCAGACCUCCUAUGGAAUCAUCCAGGAGCCUAGCCUGUUCAGCACGGUGCAGCUGUAUAGGCAGCAGAACAAACUGUUUGGGUCGGUGUUCACCGGCGCCAGCAAGUUCCGCUGCAAGGACUGCAGCUCGGCCUACGACACCCUGGUAGAGCUGACCGUGCACAUGAACGAGACCGGCCACUAUCGCGAUGACAAUCGCGACCGGGACCCCGACAACCCUCGCAAGUGGUCCAAGCCCAGGAAACGCUCCCUCAUGGAGAUGGAGGGCAAGGAGGACGCCCAGAAAGUCCUCAAGUGCAUGUACUGUGGCCACUCCUUCGAGUCCCUGCAGGACCUCAGCGUGCACAUGAUCAAGACCAAGCACUAUCAGAAGGUGCCCCUCAAGGAGCCUGUGCCAGCCCUGGCCUCCAAGCUUCUGCCUCCCAACAAGAGGAGGGCACAGCAGGAACCUCCGCCCUGCUCACCGGAGUCUGCCCCAAAUCCCUCAGGCUUGCCUGCCGGAGAGUCAGCCUCAGCCCAGAAAGCAGCCAAUCCUUACGUGACUCCUAACAACCGCUAUGGCUACCAGAAUGGCGCCAGCUACACCUGGCAGUUCGAGGCCCGCAAGGCGCAGAUCCUCAAGUGCAUGGAGUGCGGGAGCUCCCACGAUACCUUGCAGCAGCUGACGGCACACAUGAUGGUGACCGGGCACUUCCUCAAGGUCACCAACUCCGCCUCUAAGAAGGGCAAGCAGCUGGUGUUUGACGCAGUGGCUGAGGAGAAGAUCCAGUCCAUUCCCUUGCCUCCCUCCACCCCGGCACGGUUGGUGGUGCCCACUGCCCAAGCCAAGCCCGAAACCUCGCCGCCGCCGCUGGUGAACGAGAGGAAGGAGCAGGAAGAAGAGCCGGCAGAGGAGGACGAAAAGGAGAGGGAGAUAAAGGAGGAGAGGGAAGACCAUGAUGAGAAGUUUGAAUCCACUUCCCAGUACCAGUAUCUGCGGGAGGAAGAUCUGGAUGAGAGUCCGAAAGGUGGUAUUGAUAUCCUGAAGUCUCUGGAGAACACGGUCACCUCUGCCAUCAACAAAGCCCAGAAUGGCGCUCCCACGUGGGGAGGCUAUCCGAGUAUUCAUGCUGCUUAUCAGCUCUCAGGAGCGAUCAGACCCUUUCAAACGGCAGGGCAGAAUGCCCAGUCAACCCCAUUCUACACCAACAACCUGAAGGCCCCAUCUUCCGAGCACCUGGCUGUGGUGGAGCCCUCAGAGUGCCAGUCGCCGCCACCUCAGAAGAGCAACGUCCAUGCCAUGGAAGAGCUGGUGGAGAAGGUUACGGGCAAAAUGACCAUCAAGGCGGAAGAGAAGGCUGCGGAGAAAGAGCAGGCAGCUGCUCCCAGGAUCAAGGCUACCUGCGGCUCCUCAUCCCCGGCCGUGAGGGACUCACCCAGGGCCGAAGACUGUGAGGUUUCAAUGCAGCCAUUGAGAAACAGCGAUGGCCAGGAGGUGAAAGUGAAAAAGGAGACCAGUUUGGACAGCUCUUUCCCAAAUGGGACGGAGUGUUUUAGGUCAACAGUCAGCAAUGGCUGUAACAGUAUGGCGAUUAUCACUGACCAGUCACCUGAGUCACCAUUUGUCAAUCCACUCAGUGCUCUCCAGUCAAUUAUGAACACGCACUUGGGCAAGGCAGCCAAGCCCCUGAGUCCCAGCCUUGACCCCUUGGCCAUGCUGUACAAAAUCAGCAACAGUGUGCUGGACAAGCCCAUCUUCCCUGCCACUCAGGUCAAGCAGGCGGACAUUGUGGACCGGUACUACUAUGAAAAUAACGAUCAGCCAAUAGACUUAACCAAAUCGAAAAGCAACAAGAAGCUCAUUUCCGCCAUGACGGAGACGAUUCUCUCCACAUCACGGGAAAACGCGCUGUUGGACAUCUCUGACAUGGUGAAGAACCUCACGGGACGGCUGACGCCCAAGUCGUCAACGCCCUCUACGGUGUCGGAGAAGUCAGAAGCCGAUGCCAGCAGCUUCGAGGAAACCUUGGAGGAUAUCUCUCCCAUCCAGAAAAGGAAGGGCAGGCAGUCUAACUGGAACCCCCAACAUCUCCUAAUGCUGCAAGCUCAGUUUGCAGCCAGCUUACGGGAGUCUUCCGAAGGCAAAUACAUCAUGUCGGACUUAAACCUCCACGAGCGGGUACACAUUUCCAAGUUCACCGGCCUCUCCAUGACCACGAUAAGCCAUUGGCUAGCCAACGUCAAGUAUCAGUUAAGAAGGACAGGUGGAACGAAAUUCCUGAAGAACUUAGACACGGGUCACCCAGUUUUCUUCUGUAAUGAUUGUGCCUCACAGUUUAGGACUCCUUCCAGCUACAUAACUCACCUGGAGACUCACUUAGGGUUUUCUAUGAAGGAUCUCUCCAAGUUAUCAGUAGAGCAACUUCGCGAGCAGCAGGCGGUUUCUAAGGUGAUACCAAAUAGGUCCGUGAACUCAGUUGGGAUGUCCGAGGAGGAUGUAAACUCGACAUUCCAGUGUAAAAUGUGCAACAGGACAUUUGUAAGCAAACAUGCGGUCAAAUUGCACCUUAGCAAAACACAUGGCAAGUCUCCAGAGGACCACCUGUUAUAUGUAACUGAGUUUGAGAAACAGUAGCACCCAGAAAGAAGAUGCGGAACAAGCUUCUUCGAGAUUGUGCCCACUUUGCGGCCUGUCCUCCUGAUGCCCUCUGCUUGCCCCUCAGUCAUGCAUCACUCUUUCUGUCACAUUGAACUCCAGAUGCUCCUACCCCAGAGAAAUGUUCUGACUCCAGCAAUUCUUCUUCAUUCUCACUAACAAUUUGGUAAUGAAAUAUUGAUUUUUAGUUAGAUUCAUAUUGAUGCUAUUAGGUUUGCAUCGAUAAAUCAUGUUGGGCUCCUCUACGAACAGAUAUAGAGCGCUGUACUGAACUCUGGAGAUUAUGUCCAAGUACACUGAUGUGUUAAUUUGAUGGAUCUUUCACCAUUAGAGGGGUAAGAGUGUGUGUCAGGAGACAGGGGGUAGGAGGAGCAAGGUGAUAAUAAGAGAGGAAGACAUUAUUUCCCCCAUGUUUUUCUCCUGUGUUUUUUUAAAACUAAGCACCUACAUUGACAUGUUCUUUGAUGGGAGAAUGCAAAUGAAUUAGGAGCUGCACCGGCUAAUCUGCUCGGAGUGAAGGUGGUGCUCACGAGGCAGGGAAGGACGUGGUCCUCCUUAUCUGAGCGUGCUCUGGACUCCUUGUAUGUGUCUGCAAUCUCAGGGCUUGUGUGACCUUUUUCCACACCCCCUCCCCCUUCUCAACACGGAAAGGAAUGUGGAUGAAUGCAAAACAGCUGCUUUGUACGACGACAUGUCUGCGUCAAUGGACAGACAGGCGGCCAGUCCUCACCGGAAAAAGACCAGCAUGGAUGGUGGAUCAUAACUCAUUACCACUGUGUAGGGUCAAGUACCCCAGGACUGUAAGGAGUGGAUCAACGGAUAUAUAAAUGUCAGCAAAGAAGACUGAUUGCGUACGUUAAAGUGUUCAAUCUGCCAGACAGGUCCGGCUGUUCUUCACCUCUCCCAAGUCAGGGAUGCACAGAAUCCUGGAAGUUUACAAAUUUGUUAGGACAUUUAUUCACGGAGUCUAAGCCUAAAACAACAUUCUGUAUGUCUGCAUAGAAAGGAAUUGCACAUCCUUUCAUCCUUGAAUCCUGCUUGACUGCCCAUUGUUCAUCCCACUAGGCACUGGAGGCAGCAGACGUUUAG